UGUUCUUAAUAGUAAUUUACCUCGUAUUAACAUAAUAAAUAGGCGCUUUAAGUAGAUGUCAGCCCGAUGGUUGAAAUAGGGCAGCCUCGGUGUAAUUUUUUGUGAUGACCAUCAUAGAUUCUUUUUUGUUGCAAGUCACAAACAAGGAGCAAAUCUGUUUUCACAGCAGAAAUUAAUCUUUCAGUGUCACUGCUAUUAUUCUGUGAAGUGGGGCGAGCUAAUACAGUUUCUGGCUAAAUGUCAGAGCGCUGGUGAACAGGAUGAGUCACAUCUGGAGGGAAGACGGAGAAAAAAAAGGUGCAUGGGAGAGAAGAAAAGUGGGCUGCGGGUGAGGGUGAGUCUCAGUCCUCAGAGAUUUUACAACAUGGACCAUGAACACUAGGAAUGAGACUGACCAUAACCACCACCCUCUUUUUCUGAUGUUGCUGGAACCAAACAUGAAAUAUGGCUCUCCUGAGAAAAAUUAAUCAUGUCCUCCUGCUGCUGCUGCUGCUGAUGUUGUGCCUGCUCCUUCACAACACACUGCUCAGAGCCUCCACUCGGCCCAAACUCUCAGAUCACUGGAAGAACCUUGGCAGUGCACCUCAAGCCCCUGCAGUGAGAGUGUCAGAGGUGGAUAAUGUCAUCCCCGUCAUCAUCUGUGCAUCCGAGGAGCGUAUGGGUGGAACCAUGGCGACCAUCAACAGCAUCCAUAGCAACACCGACGCCAAUGUUUUCUUCUAUAUUGUCACAUUUCGCGAUGCCGUGAAACUGACAAGGCAGUACAUUGAGAAGACUAAACUGAGAGGCAUCCGGUAUAAGAUCCUGGAGUUUAACCCCAUGGUUCUACGAGGGAAAGUGAAGCCGGAUUCCUCUCGACCGGAGCUGUUACAUCCGCUCAACUUUGUUCGCUUUUACAUACCUCUGCUUGACAUCAACCAUAAGAGGGUGAUAUACUUGGAUGAUGAUGUCAUCGUGCAGGGAGACAUCAAGGAGCUGUUUAACAUGAAACUGAAGCCGGGACACGCUGCUGCGUUCGCCACCGACUGCGACCUGCCCUCCACGCACGAGAUGGUGCGCAGCAUCGGCAUGCAGACAACCUACAUGGGCUUCCUGGACUACAGGAAACAGGAAGUAAGAGACCUGGGAAUUAACCCCAGAGACUGCUCCUUCAACCCUGGAGUGUUUGUGGCAGAUCUCAGCGAGUGGAAGAAACAGAAGAUCACCAAACAGCUGGAGAGAUGGAUGGAGGAGAAUUUCAGGCAGAACAUAUACAGCAGUGCCAUGGCAGGAGGUGUGGCCACUCCACCCAUGCUGAUAGUUUUCCACGACAAAUACACAACGCUGGACCCGCUGUGGCACGUCAGACACCUCGGCUGGAGUCCAGACGCCCGCUACUCUGAGAGCUUCCUCCAGGAGGCUCGGCUGCUGCACUGGAACGGACCGUUCAAACCCUGGAACUAUCCUGCUGUUCACCUGGAUCUGUGGGAGAGGUGGUUCAUCCCAGACCCCUCCGAAAGAUUCUCCUUGGUACGACCUGAUAGCGAAAGCUGAGGUCAGCUGCUGUCAGCAUGUAGAGCUGAAGA